AGCAAGUAAGGGUGAGAUGUGACACUGCCUGGACAGGACUGACCAUCGCUGACGCUCCAUUGCGCCUCACUCCACACACACACACACUCACUUUGAAGGACAUAGUUUGUGUUCCUGCACAAACAAACCGGCCUAAUCGCUGCCAAUGACUUUUUGCCUAUAAUAACUGAUCAAUCGAAGAUCAAUCGAAGAUCAAUCGCCCUUUUUUUGUUUUUUUUUUUUUUUUGCACGGGUCUGCAUGACAGUAGUAUGUCGAGAUUGACAGCGAAGGUGUUGGACUCCAACACCAUGGUGUACUCAUGGCUGCGCUUGUGUGUGAUCAGCUGCGUUCUGCACACAGUUUAUACGCAGCAGCAGCAGCAGCAGCAGCAGCAGGGCGGUGCGGAGGGAACGUUCGCGAACCGCUUCAGGUGGACGGUCAAUGGUCGCUCGUACAGCCUUCAGAGCCGCGGGUCCCGCUUCCAGGCGCCCAGGCGCAGGGCGGGGGAGGGCAGCAGCGAGCCGGCUCCCUCCGGAUCCGUGGUCAUCGUGUCCGACCGUCGCCAGGAGGAGCCCCGAGAUGAUGCGCGCGCGUCCCCGCGCCGGCGCCCGGGGGGGUCCCGCUGGUUCCAGGCGGGCUUCGGCCGGAGGCGGGGAAGCGAGCGCGAGCCGGCGGAGCGCGACGCGGCCGAACCCAGCGGCGCCACGACGACCCGCCCGCCGCUGAGCGGCGCGAGACCCUCCGACCUGAUGGCCGCCGACGACCCGUACGACCCGUACAAGAGCCCCGACGAGAACAACCCGUACUACAACACGUAUGACACGUACAGCCGCCCGAGAGCUGGCACGAGACAGCGCCCCGGGUACGGAACCAGGUAUUUCCAGCACGGUUUACCGGACCUCAUCCCGGACCCGUACUACAUACAGUCCACCACGUACGUGCAGAGGGCUCCCAUGUACAGCCUGCGCUGCGCCGCCGAGGAGAACUGCCUGGCCAGCACGGCAUACCGGUCCAGUGUUAAGGACUGGGACACGCGUGUGCUGCUGAGGUUCCCACAGCGCGUGAAGAACCAGGGCACGGCAGACUUCCUCCCAAGCAGGCCACGGUAUGCGUGGGAGUGGCACAGCUGUCAUCGCCACUAUCAUAGCAUGGAUCAAUUCAGCCACUAUGACCUGCUGGAGCGGAGCUCCCAGAGAAGGGUGGCGGAGGGCCACAAGGCCAGCUUCUGCCUGGAGGACACUUCCUGUGACCCAGGCUACUAUAGGCGCUAUGCCUGUACCGCCCAUACCCAGGGACUGAGCCCAGGUUGUUAUGACACUUACAACGCAGAAAUUGACUGCCAGUGGAUUGAUAUCACAGAUGUAAAACCAGGAAACUACAUUCUCAAGAUCACGGCAAACCCCGACUUCCAGGUUCCGGAAUCGGACUUCUCCAACAAUGUUGUCCGCUGUGAUGUUCGCUACACUGGCCAGUAUGCAACGGCAUCAGGAUGUCACAUCUCAUCAUACUAAGAAACUUGAAGUGUCUGCUGAAAAUUGAAACCUGGGACUCUUGUCAAGUCCAAAACAAGAAUCAACUCAAGGAAAGCUUGGCUUAACCCAAACACCUCGAAAACACUCACAUGAAGUAAGAACAUAGGACUAAGAGCAGUUAAGCUUUAGACUGCGAGGGGUAGUGUAGUCCAGUGAUAACUCCAUCAACUAUAUUUUUAUAUUUCACAAAUAUCCUUUUCUGUUAGUUUCAGUGUAUAGAAAAAAGCAACACAUUAUAGAGAUUAAAGUAAUAUAGAAGGAGUCCUUUUUGUUCUAUGUUUAAAUUAUAAAAAUGAGCAUUAAACUGUAAUUAAGUAUAAUGUUAAACUAGAUGUGUUACAUAGAAGUUUAAAAAAAAGAUUUGAAAUGCCCUUGUCCUUUGACUAUUUGUUUUUUCUUCCUCUUUCGUGUCAGUGUAUAGAAUGUACUGUUCAAAUAAAAAUGAGGUGCUAUAUUAAAAGAAGGUAAGCUAUGUGCUACAUAUUUACAGAGAUGUACAGAGUUUUCCCUUGUAGUAAGGCAUGGUAAACAGUUUAUUUCUUAUACGCUGGCUACCCAGCUUACAAACACAGCCGGGACCUAAAGGCUGUUCAUAAAGUCAUGAUCACUAAAACCCGGAUAACACAGACAUUACCUGUAUUCACAGGUUAAGUGCUGUAAAAAUUUUGGAUACAUGUAUGCUAAACAUAAAAUAAUUUCUAAGACUUUUCACUUUAAUGUUUUAUAAACUUUGGCAAACGUUAGAAUUAAAGCAUAUCAAAAUGACUCGAAAUAAAAAUACGUUGCUUCACAAUCUUCUAUUCAGUCCCAACAUUGUUGCAUUAUUACAUCUUCACAUUUGUUCAUGUAGACAUGUGCAAUGUUCAUAAUCUUGUUAUUGAUCACUGACGUUAAUAAACAUCAGACUGUAAAUACUGAGCUGUAAAUACUGAGUAAACAAGUUCAGUUAAGGUGGUCUUGCACUACUGUUCUGCUAAACCAGGUGUGAUUUAGUGACACCUAACAGGUGGAUGUGUAAAAACAGGAUGCAUUUGCUGCACAACACAUUUUAAAAAUGCACAUGCAAAGAAAAUACAAUUAAAAAUUAAAUUAGCAGGAAAAUCUUUGUAGCUUUGAAAAUUGUUAAGCUGGCCAUUAGCCAGAGCCAGUGUCAACAUUUUCAAUGAAUUUCUUUUCUGUUGUUCUUUGUUCCGUGUGUUGCAUAUUAUUACAGUGUCUCAUGGUCUGU